AUGCCUCAGAACGAUUACAUGGAGAGGCACCUGAAGCUUCAUGGUCGCCGACUGGACCACGAAGAGCGCCUCCGGAAGAAGACGGCGCGCGAGGGCCACCGCAAGUCCAAGGAUGCACAGAACCUGCGCGGUCUGCGGGCCAAGCGCCAGCAGGAGGCACGCCGCAAGGAGAAGAUCCAGAUGAAGAAGACGAUCAAGGCGCACGAGGCACGCAACGUCAAGUCGAGCGACGCGCCGCGCGACGACGACGAGGACCGCGAGGCGCUGCCGCAUUACCUGCUUGACCGCGCGGGCGAGCGCAACGCCAAGGCCCUGAGCACGGCCAUCAAGAACAAGCGCAACGAGAAGGCGGCGCGGUUUGCGGUGCCGCUGCCCAAGGUGCGCGGCAUCUCGGAGGAGGAGAUUUUCUCGGUGGUGAAGACGGGCCAGAAGACCAAGAAGAAGGCGUGGAAGCGCAUGAUUACGAAGCCGACGUUUGUGGGACCGGAUUUCACGCGGGGGCCCGUCAAGCUGGAACGCUUCAUCCGGCCCAUGGCGCUGCGCAAGAAGAAGGCGAACGUGACGCAUCCCGGGCUGGGCGUGACGGUGCUGCUGCCGAUCCUGAGCGUCAAGAAGAACCCGCAGGAUCCCAUGUACACGCGGCUGGGUGUGCUGACCAAGGGCACCAUCAUCGAGGUGGACGUCAGCGACCUGGGCAUGACGACGACGACGGGCAAGGUGGUCUGGGGUCGGUGGGCACAGAUCACCAACAACCCGGAGAACGACGGCUGCGUGAACAGCGUGCUGCUCGUGUGA